GUGGGGCAGAGACUGGACGCACCCGGAGCUCAGAGCGCAGGAACCUCAAGUCGGAGCCCGGCAAAUCGGAGUCUGCAGACCGGAGCCUGGGCCUGUAGGGUGGAAGCGUGUGAAGGGGGCCUCUGUUCCUGGAGGAGAGGAUCAUGGCCUUCAUGUUGCUCAGCCGGCGGCUGGCCUGCACCUUCCAGCACAACUACAGCCUGCUCGUGCCCAGCUCCAGACACAUCAGUCAAGCCGCAGCCAAAGUCGACAUCGAAUUUGAUUAUGAUGGGCCCCUGAUGAAGACUGAAGUCCCAGGGCCUAGAUCUCGGGAGUUAAUGAAACAGCUGAGUAUAAUUCAGAAUGCAGAAGCUGUGCACUUUUUCUGCAAUUAUGAAGAGAGCCGAGGCAAUUACCUGGUCGAUGUGGAUGGCAACCGGAUGUUGGACCUAUACUCCCAGAUUUCCUCUGUUCCCAUAGGCUACAGCCACCCUGCUCUCCUGAAGCUGAUCCAACAGCCUCAAAAUGCGAGCAUGUUCAUCAACAGACCUGCCCUCGGAAUCCUUCCUCCGGAGAACUUCGUGGAGAAGCUCAGGGAGUCCUUGCUCUCGGUGGCUCCCAAAGGGAUGUCCCAGCUCAUCACCAUGUCCUGUGGCUCCUGCUCGAAUGAAAAUGCCUUUAAGACAAUCUUCAUGUGGUACCGGAACAAGGAAAGGGGUCAAAUGGGUUUCUCCAAAGAGGAGCUGGAGACGUGCAUGAUCAACCAGGCCCCCGGCUGCCCCGAGUACAGCAUCCUCUCCUUCAUGGGCGCGUUCCACGGGAGGACCAUGGGAUGCUUAGCGACCACGCACUCCAAAGCUAUCCACAAGAUCGACAUCCCUUCCUUCGACUGGCCCAUUGCACCAUUCCCACGGCUAAAAUACCCGCUGGAAGAGUUUGUGAAAGAGAACCAGCAGGAAGAAGCCCGCUGUCUGGAAGAGGUGGAGGAUCUGAUUGUGAAAUAUCGGAAAAAGAAGAAGACGGUGGCCGGGAUCAUCGUGGAGCCCAUCCAGUCUGAGGGUGGAGACAACCAUGCGUCCGACGACUUCUUCCGGAAGCUGAGAGACAUCUCCAGGAAGCAUGGCUGUGCCUUCUUGGUGGAUGAGGUCCAGACAGGAGGGGGCUGCACCGGCAAGUUCUGGGCCCAUGAGCACUGGGGCUUGGCUGACCCCGCGGACGUGAUGACCUUCAGCAAGAAGAUGAUGACCGGGGGCUUCUUCCACAAGGAGGAGUUCAGGCCCAAUGCUCCAUACCGGAUCUUUAACACCUGGCUGGGGGACCCGUCCAAGAACCUGCUGCUGGCUGAGGUCAUCAACAUCAUCAAGCGGGAGGACCUGCUGAACAACGCAGCACACGCCGGGAAGGCCCUGCUGACGGGGCUGCUGGACCUCCAGGCCCGGUACCCCCAGUUCAUCAGCAGAGUGAGAGGACGAGGCACCUUUUGCUCCUUCGACACUCCUGAUGAAACCGUACGGAAUAAACUCAUUUUAAUGGCCAGAAACAAAGGCGUGGUGUUGGGAGGCUGCGGGGACAGAUCCAUUCGGUUCCGCCCCACUCUGGUCUUCAGGGAUCACCACGCGCACCUGUUCCUCAAUAUUUUCAGCGACAUCUUAGCAGACUUCAAGUAAAGAAGCCAUUUCCACUACGCUCUGAGAAAGCCCUGAUCUCAACUGUUGUCAAAUUGAUUAGUUUGCCUAAUUCAUGUUUUCACUUAAAGUAUCAGAGGCGAGUGCAUAAACUGAAGGGUUCUUUGUGGGGAGGGGGUGUCUGUGGUGGCUUUGGGAGGGAGGGGACAGGCGGGAGGGGCUGGUUUUGAUUUUCCUCCCUGCAGAGCCAAUGAUGCACGUGGGUCUAAGCCCAGAAAGUCUGCGUGAGCCCUGGACAUCGUCUUCGGCAGGGCCAUGAGGGUCCUGGCCAUAUAUGUGCCCACCUUGACCCCAACAGUGUCUUUGGAAGCCAAGAAGGGAAUAACAGCUGCUCCCAGGAUGGUGGCUGGGACUUCUGGGUUCCAGUCCCUCUCAAGUGCCAUACUGUGUGAUUGACCAUGCGGGCUCCCUACAUGGUCACCCCCUCCCACCCGGCCCUGGAGCUCUGAGCAGGUCCCGUGCACAGUUCAGCAAAGGACAAGACAAAUCACACAAAGGCAGGACAGUAGGAACAUUAGGCUGGAGCUUGCAGCGUGGGAAGGGGUCCUGUGGCCUCCUGAUGAUUAGGGCUGCUCCACUCAGUGCAUCUGGGGAUCCUCUAAACUGUGAAUUCCGUUCUUGAUGGGCCUUGGCCUUGGCCUUGGCCUUGGAGAAUCUCUGGGUGGUAGCGAUGGCACUUCUUACUCGCCACCCUUUGUUCCACCAACUCUGUCCCCUCUGUUAAAUGUCAUCCCAGUCCUCUGGGGGGGGGGGGACUGUAGCCUGGGCAUCUACGGGGACACACAGGAGCCAAAAGGACAGAGGCACAAGCCAGUCGCCCGGGAGCGGAAGCCCAGGGCCUGGGGCAGCAGAGCCACCUCCUCUUGCCUCCCUUGCCUCCCUGGGCAUCAGGGGUCUGACCCGUGGACCCCUUGCCCCGGGGUCCUCCGUCCACUCCUGAGCAGGCCUCACUGGAUGGCAGAGCUGUGCAAAGCUGCUCCAGCACGGGCAACCAGUUGCUGAACUAGAUUUCUUGAGGGAAGCACCAUGAACUCAAGGCACCAGAGCACCAUGCAGAAAAGAUUGCCUCUUGGUUCAAGGUGGUUGCCUUGUACUUGCCAUUCCAGAUUACAGAUUUUCCUGAUGGAGAGCAGGAUGUAACUUACCAGGCAGAUGAGUUAAAUGCUUAGUUGGACGGUGGUGGAGGCCAAGGGGCCUCUUCUGGAGGCGAGACAUUCUUGGAACCGAUUGGACUUCCGAUGCUCCUACAAAGAGCCUCUGGUUGUCCCCCAGCAGUGGAAUGGUGUUUAGUGGGCAGACUCGGGAGGCCCCGCUGUAACCCCUGCCCCAAGGGAAGCGGUCUGCCUCCCCCUGCCUGCUCGGCUGUCUCGGGAGAUGGACACACCAGGGUUUGCAGUUCAGCACUUUGCUCUUCUAAUAACUUAAUCAUCCAAAGACCUCAAACUGGUGGUAGUGGUUUCUUUUUCUUUUCUGCUUCCACUCUUCCAAGUGGUCCUCGACCUACAUUUGUAGAAAAGGAAAGGCAGUAGCAUGUUUGACAGACACAGAUCCAUGGACUCGCACACACUGCAUCUCGUGGUCCAUGCUAACCGUUGCUUUUCAAAAGGACUUGUGUCGGUGUCAGUGUGAGGCUGUUGGCUCUGCCAGCUGAACGGCGGUGUCUGCCCCCCUCUCUGUACCGGGUACCACUCGUUUGUAUGUUCAUCUCUCUAUUCUGUCAUUCCUUCAUGGAACUUUCGCUAAGUCCCUCCCCUGUCCCAGGCCUAGCGCUAAGCACUAAGAAUACAACAUGGUCCCUGCUGUCAAGGGACUCCCAUCUCAUCGGGGACAACAGACUCUUCAACCAGCAAUCCAAGCCGAGUAGCAACUGCUGUGACAGAUGUAUGGGAACGUUGGGAAAUCAGAGGGAGUGCCAGGCAGGCUCAGGAGGUUUCGGGGAGAAAGUAACAUUUGAGCAGGGUUUGGUAGAAUGAGCAAGAGUUCUCCAAGCAGACAAGGCGAGGAGGAGUGUCACACAAAAGGGGACAGCACGUUCAAGGCACAUCAGUUCACAGUCUCACACCUUCCACUGGGGAUCCAGGUUCCACGGGCAGUAUCCCAAGAUUAAGGCCUUAUUGAACAAACAAACCAGAUGCAAACUGAACCGUAAUUCAUUUAUUGGCAUAAGUAUGCUUUCUCUGGAGAACUUUAGCAUUGGGUGCAAACAUGCGGUAAGGUCCCGGAGUCCAAAAGGUUUUCAAGCCAGGGCGCAAGUAGAAACUCAACUCUCUUUGGUGCAGAGAGUGGCUAUAAAUAUUUUAUUCCCUCCCACGGGGCAAUCAUAGAGAAAUGAAAUCAUUUUACCUGGAAAGUUAUUUCCAGACUUAUUCACCCCUUACCAAGGGAAGUUACUUCUCGUGAAACUUUUUAAGCCAUUUUCAACACGCUCUUGUUGGCUUAGGGCAUCACAUGAGUUCCUGAGGCAUCCUCUUUUGUGGGUGGGGGUUUAGCUGGAAGAAUCUGAAGGAAAAGACUCUCGGCAGGGCUCACGAUUGUAGGGGGAGAGGUGGGUAAAAACGGGGAGCCCAGCUGACAGGUGGCUGACUAGGGCGGGGCCCGCGGAGUGCUUCUGUGGCCGACGGUCUGGGAAUGAAUCCAUCGCCCAUCAGUGCCAUAGACUUUAGUAACUAUCUCUAGCAAGUCUUGUCACUUGUACAGAAAACAAGGUCCUGUAAUAGCAAGUCUUAGCACAUCCUCACUUUUAUUAUAAAUGGGUGUUUUUUUUAUAAUUUUUACUGACACUCAGUAACCAUGCAAAAGUGUGCACAUUAAUAUACCUGUAUAUCUAUACCUAUCUACACACACACACACACACACACACACACACACACACACACACACACACCAGCUCAUGGUAGAGAACCAUAGCUAGGGAGCACCACUGACUUACACAUUCAAAGUGAUCUUGUUUACAGUAUUCUGUUGACAGUGCCAAUAAAUGAUAAAGAAAUUAACAUGUCACAAUGUAACUGAUGACCAUAUGCACAAUUCCGUGAAUUAAAUCUGUUUCCUGUGUUAAUCAGUAUUCUUAAUUAAAAAAAAAUUUAUAAUGGAAA